GCCAUUCCCACUUCAGCAGAAAGAUGGAAAGGGUAGUAUUCUUGUUGGUCUUGGCGUCAGCCUGUAGUGUCCUGGCACAGUCCACUUACUACAGCUCAUACUAUGGACUGAAACUAACCCAAGCUGAUGUCGACCAGUACACCUCCAACGGUACCUUGGCAAACUGUACCAACCUGAUCGCGCCGUGUGACCCUAACGAGCCCAGACGUAUUGAUGGAACAUGCAACAAUUUGAACUUCCCAUCCUAUGGAGCCACACGCACUCCAUACUACAGAAUCUUGCCAGCCACAUACUACAAACCCAGCAGCACAGUCUUUGACCCACAGAGGACUAAAUCUGGCAAGGAACCUCAAUUGGCUCGUAAGGUCCGAACCUCCUUCUUUGCUGAAGGUCGUGUAGAUGAUGAAGUCCUGGCCAGCGGCACCACUCACUUCUUGGUCUUCUUUGCUACUGAUAUCACCAACACUCGUGAUACAACUAACUAUGUGUCUUGGAGGACAUACUGUUGUAAGCCGGAAGGUGCGGCCGACACCGCUUGCGCGCCUAACUUAGUUCCCGAGACUGACUACGUGCACCGCUUCUCUGGUAUUCGGUGCUUGAACAUGACCAGACCUCUGACCUUCCAAACUUCUGGAUGUCUUCCUCCUACCACUACACCUUUGAGAAUCGUAGAUGCAACCCCAACUCACGAUUUGUCCCCUGUGUACGGAAACGUGGCUGAACCAGCCAGACGUACCUUCUCUGGAGGAAAGCUGAAAACUGUUGAGGUCAACAACAGGUCAUUCCCAGACACAUCCAGCAUCGGUCUUCUCCUCGGCAUCAACUUCUUCGGUAUCAUCUUCUUCUGGAGGCACCACAACUUCAUUGCCACUCAGCUGGCCGCCGUCAACCCAACAUGGACCGAUGAGCAAUUAUUCGCAACCGCCCGGGAAAUUAACAUCGCCUACGGAAACCAAUUGUUACAUUACGAGCUUUUACCGCUAUUCAUGGGUCAUGACUACAUGGUAAAGAGGGGUAUCAUUCAAACCGGCGCCGGAUUCAGAGAAACUUACAAAGAAACCUUGAAACCACAAAUAUCAUUGGAGUAUCCAGUUGUAUUGAGAUGGUUGCAUACUCUACAAGACGGAGACCUCAGAAUGUACUACACCAAUGGAACUUUACACUCAACGUUCCCUGUCGUGGACCUCACUUCAAACACUGAUUUCCUGAAAGAAGGCGAUAACAUGGACUACGUCACUCAAGGAUGCUUCAGACAACCAACUGCGAACUCCAAAGACUACAUCGUCGAUCCCGAUAUCGUAGAAAGAGGCCUUGGAAGACUGCAGCAGUCAAAUGACAUCAUGACCAAUGAUUUAGCCAAGAAUCGUUACUUCGGCUUCCAAAGUUAUAUUCACUACAGAGAACAUUGCUUCAAACAAAAGAUUACCACAUUUGAUGAUUUAAUUGGCAUCGUUGAUACAGUGAGAAUUACUCAACUGAAAGCAUUAUACGAGGAUGUCGCGGACAUUGAACUCUUGGCUGGUCUGUGGGUUGAGAAGCAGGCAGCCGGCACUCAUGUGCCUCCUACAUUCGCUUGCCUUGUCGGCGAUCAGCUGAAACAUUCCAUCCACUCUGACCGCCAUUGGUAUGAGAGACAAAACAGACCCAAUGCUUUCAAUGCUGCACAACUGGCUGAAAUCAGGAAAGCUAAAGUAGCACGUAUGUUGUGUGACAUCGGAGAUGCCGUGACUGUGAUACAGGGUCGUGCCUUCGAGUUGCCGUCAAUCGACAACCCGAUGGUCAGUUGCAAAGACAUCCCUGCAAUCGACUUCACUAAAUGGAAAGCUUAAAACUUAUACAAAUUCUACAAUUAUAACACAACCUAGCCACAAUAAACCUAUGAUAAGAAGAUCAGUGAUAAAUAGAAAAUUUUGUUCAGAUUCCAGGACGGAACAAAGAAUGUUAUACACCGUAUUAGACAUAACAUUACCUCCUAUUGAUACAAUAAUGGAAAUAUAUGACUGAGUAUUUUAUUUGUUUU